AGAUUUCCAAUAUCUUUAGAGAUGCUAUAGAGACUAGCGAGCUCCCGGCUUUUGAUUUUGUCCAGCUCAGCAACCCCAUCGGCCCCAAAUUUUUAGCCACGUGGAUUUAUCCGCCAUCCUACCUGGAAUUUCUGGAACGCUCUAUACCUCCAUUUUAUCCACGUCAGCAUGGAUGGGCUCGUCUUAAUAUCUUCUUCGCUCUCGCGUCGCCUAAACUAAAGGUCGGCGAUAUCUGUUCCUCCCGAGUUUCUCUAUUUCUCAGGCAGUCAAUUUAUUUUUAAAAAAUAAAAUCUAAUCCGCAUUAAAUUUAGGAAAUUUUUUUGGUAAUAACUGAAAAUUUUCAUUUCAAUGUAAAAAUUACGCUUUGAAAUUAAAUUUUUUGCUUGAGUUUUGCGCUAUUUUAUUUUUAAAUCCGGACAUGUUUUCGAUCCAGCUGAAUAACGAUGGUUAGUUGAAGCUUCGCGGAGGAUUAUCUUCAUUUCAAAUGCCUGUUGAAAACAGCUUACGGAGUAUAGAGUUGGUUUCUGAAGAUUAAACGGAGUUAACAUUUUCCUUGUGGUGGUUUGUUUAACCUUUUAGUUAUGGAUCUCUUUUUUGAUUUGCUCUUGUUUUAGGUUGAACUGUCUGUAUUUUCAGAGGUUUGACUUUUCAAAGACACAGGGAAGCGUCUAGAUGAAUGUUGAUGGUGAUGGUGACAAAGGGUUACGGGAACAAAAUCAUAGGCUCUAUGAUGGUAGCAAGAGAACUACAAAUGGAGUUGUGGCUGAGGAGCACGUGAUGCUGGAGGAUGUGAAAGUUAACAAGAUUGCACAAAAUGUGAAAGAUGGUCAUGUUGGGGCUGUUCAGGCUCCUGCUAUGCGUCAAAUAGCACAGCAACAGUCUCAAAAUGCAAUGUGUUAUUGGCAGAGGUUUCUGCAUCUAACAACAGUUACAGUUCUGCUUGUAGAAAAUGAUGAUUCUACCCGCCAUGUUGUCACUGCACUUCUCCGCAAUUGCUGUUAUGAUGUUGUUGAAGCUGCAAAUGUAUUACAAGCAUGGAAGAUUCUAGAAGAUUUAACGAAUCAUAUUGAUCUUAUUUUGGCUGAGGUGGGAAUGCCUUCCUUAUCUGGCCUUGUUCUUUUGAGCAAGAUUAUGAGCCACAAAACACGAAAAAAUGUUCCUGUGAUCAUGAUGUCAUCUCAGGAUUCUAUGAAUCUAGUCUUUAAGUGUUUGUCAAAAGGUGCCGUUGACUUUUUAGUGAAGCCUAUUCGAAAGAAUGAGCUUAAGAACCUUUGGCAGCAUGUUUGGAGGAGAUGCCAUAGUUCUAGUGGUAGUGGAAGUGAGAGUGGAACACACCAAAAAUCUGUGAGAUCAAAAAGUGUUGAGAAGUCUGACAACAACAGUGGCAGCAAUGAUGAGGAAAAUAACGGGAGCAUUGGUCUAAAUAUCGGUGAUGGUAGUGAUGAUGGGAGUGGCACUCAGAAUUCUUGGACAAAACAAGCAAUAGAAGUUGACAGCCCUCGUCUGGUUUCACCCCCAGAUCAAGUUGCUGAGUGCCCUGAUAGUACAUGUGCCCAAGUUGUCCAUUCAAAUGCAGAAUUAUCUGGGAAGAAGUGGGUGCCAGUUGCUGCAGCAAAGGGGUGCCAAGAACAAGAUGAACAGCUUGACAAUGUUGCAGUGGGUAAGGACCUGGAUAUAGGCAUGGCUAGAAAUUUAGAUUUACAACUAGAGUGUCCAGUUGAGGUCCCAAUGAGAACAGUUGGAGCUAAACAGAUUAACCUGCUUGAUAUGAGCUCCAGUAAAUUCAGUGAACAGAUUGGGAAAAGGCAGCUGGACCUCAAUAGUGAAAGCCCAUCAAACAAACAAAAAUCUGAGGCUGCUAAUCAAACUGGAAUUACAUCUAAGACUACUGAUCUUAAGAAGGAAAUUGCAGAGAAUGAGGAUUCAAACAGGCUUUCCAAGAUCCCAGAUGGCAAUGAUAAAACCAUCAAUGAUUCUAAAGAAGCACCAUCUGUUGAACUUGGGUUGAAGAGAAUUAGAGGUGUUAAAGAUGCUGGGACUGUAGUUAGGGAUGAGCGGAAUGUUUUGAGACGAUCAGACUCUUCAGCAUUCUCAAGGUAUAAUACUGCAUCAAAUGCAAAUAAGGUUCUUGUCAACAUUGGAAGCUCGUCUGCACUUGAUAGUAAUUUAGAAUUGACAAGAAAAGGAUCAGUAUGCGAUAACCAAUCUCAUUUGGUUAAUGACCUUCCCAAUCAAAGCUCAAAUGUCGGUAGCAAUAACAUUGAUAUGGGCUCCACAACUAACAAUGCUUUUGCCAAAGCAGCAGUUGAUAAGAAUAAGUCAGCUGCAUCAUCCACUGCUGAUGAUGUAACUACUACAGCAGAACUGGCUCAAGCUAGAGGCAUUCACCACGAACUGCAAAUGCUACAUCCCUCAAACCAUUAUGAUCAACAUCACCAUCUUACUCAUGGUAUGCAAAAGCAGCAGCAGCGGCAGCCACCAGAACAUGAUGAUUUAUCUUUGAAAAAAUUGGCUGCAGAUGCUCCUCUUUGUGGAUCAUCAAAUGUGUUGGGUGGGCUGGUUGAAGGAAAUGUUGCCAACUACAGUGUCAAUGGAAGUGCCUCAGGUAGUAACCAUGGAAGCAAUGGGCCAAAUGGAAGUAGCAAUGCAGUCAAUACUGUAGACAAAAUGGUAAGUGAUAAUGGAAUAGCUGGGAAAAGUGGAAGUGGUGAUGCAAGCGGGAGUGGGAGUGGGAGUGGGAGUGGAAGCGGCAGUGGUAGUGGUAGUGGGAGCAAAGCAGACCAGAGCAAGUCUGCUCAUAGGGAAGCUGCUUUGACCAAAUUUCGCCAGAAAAGGAAAGAGAGAUGCUUCCAAAAAAAGGUUAGGUACCAAAGCAGGAAACGACUAGCAGAACAACGACCUCGCAUCAGAGGUCAAUUUGUGCGACAAACAGUGAACAACAAUGACCCAGCAUCCAAUGUCAAUUCAUGCGACGAAUAGUGAACAAGAAAAAAAGCAGAACAAGAGAUGAAGUAAACCUUCUUGCUGGUACUGCAAAGAGACCGGUCUAGACUAUUUGACAAUGUUAGUCUUGAUGAACUGUGUUUUAUAGCUAUAGACCUUCCUCUUUUCCCUUUUUUUUUUCUUUUAAUUUCAUAAUUUGUUGUUAUGAACAUAAAUUGUGCAUUAGGGGAACUGGAGAAGGUAGAAGACUUCUAUAUUAAGACCCUAUUUGAUUUGGUGUGCUGGAUUCAUGAACAUCAUUGAACAAUUGGGUGCUUUGUAAACCAUUUUAUUCAUGUUCUAUUGGUUAGUUUGUGGUGUUCCUUUAA